AUGAAGAAUCUUGAAAAUGGAAAAUUGUCAGUGUGGAUUACUUAUUUCGAGAGACUCUCUAAACCUGAUCUCUAUAAGGAGUUGGCUCAGGUGAUUGUGACUUCCAAAAUGGUUGAGAGUGAUACUGGUCUUAAGAUAGUGACAGUUGAAAAGAGUGUAGACAACAACAUGCCACCCAUCCCUGAAAGAGACAGACAAUUAGCGGACUUGCUUGCUUUGAGAGUAUUUGACACUGAUAGAUCUUCUCUUACUCGAUCUGAGCAAUUGAAACCACAUGAGUUGGAUUUAGUGAAAGCAGACAGAGAGCGACGAAAGUUAUUUUUCGCAAGCCUCUUCAAAGGAUUGCGCAUGUAUUGGAGUCGUUGUCGUCUUUCGCCCGAGAACAUCUUUCCUCUCACUAAAACGGAGAAUUUGGUGCACGAGCAACUUUUAUCCAGUCCUCAUCUCUGGACCUUUAUGGCGUACACGGCUGACCAUAUCGAAAAAAAUGACGACUGUGGAGAACAGAUGUUAAAGGUAUUGAUGGAGAAAUUGAAUGAAGAAGAGAUUGCGAGAUUGCCUGCAGUGAUGACUGAUGAAGAUGACGGUAUUUUUUCCCGCUGUCCACCGGUCUCUCUCGACAUUGGAAUUCCAAUGACGAGUCAUUAA